AUGGCGGUGAAAUCACUAUGGGACUACAUCUUUAUGCGCUCUUCUAUCUUUGUGUUGCACCUCAUCGCGCCCUUGAGCAUUGUCGUCUCUCUCACCUUAUCACUAGUCACGCUCCCAUUUCAGAUUCCGAGACUCCUCAAGGCAUGGUUUAUUCUUGAAGCAAUUUUCUAUGUCUUCAUAUACCUUCCACUGAACAGCCACCUUCAAAAACCCGCAAAUCAUCCCAUUGCACCCUGUCGAGCCGAUCGCCAAAGACUAUUCCAACAAUGUCACGACAAUAUUCCAGACGCAGGCCUGUAUCUAAGGAGGUGGUUCCGUGAUGCGCCAGAGCAUGAAAUCAAGCGUGAGAACGUCAAAGACUUCUUUCGAUGGGGCUUUCUAAACAUGCAAGAUUGUGAUUCGACAUAUGAUGACGAGUUAGAGGACUACAUCGAGCAACUAGAGGAGCUGCUCGGGAGAAAGUUGGAGCCUGGCAGGGGGAAUGCUAAAUGCCUGCGCCUGACUCUUGACAAGGUCGAGAUGCUUCAUCGGAGUUUAACAUGGUAUCUGUGUAUCUUCGUUGUCGACACGAUAGCAUCUACGUAUUUGCUAUACCAUUCCUUCAGCUUUCACCGAACAUCAGUCUCUCAAUGGUUUAACACUUUUCCGCUUCGGCCUCUAAGUCUAAUUACGCCAUACAAAUCUCCUGCCAAGAGGGUUACCUACUGGCACCGGCCACAUACGUCCAAAACAAAACUACCUAUUCUCUUUAUCCACGGCAUCGGCGUGGGGCUCUAUCCGUACAUAAAUUUCCUGGCUGACAUCAAUACCCGCCACGAAGCCGAUGGAGACAUUGGGAUCAUCGCUGUGGAGAUUUUGUCAGUGAGUUCUCGCAUCACAGACCCGGCUAUGUUGAAAGAUGAAAUAUGCGAGGAAAUUCAUCAAAUAUUGUCUUCAUAUGGGUGGGUAAAAUGCGUCUUGGUCUCUCACUCAUACGGAAGCGUUGUCGCCGCACAGCUUCUCCGAGACCCCAAGACAUCCAUCAGCAUCGGCCCCGCUAUAUUCAUUGAUCCGGUAUCCUUCCUGUUGCAUCUACCUGAUGUGGCAUAUAACUUUAUAUAUCGACGUCCAAGUGAGACUAAGGAGCAUCUACUCUCCUACUUUGGCUCCAAAGACAUAGGCAUCGCUCAUACCCUAUUUCGGCGCUUCUUCUGGGCCGAUAAUCUACUGUGGAAGGAAGACCUACAGGAUCGUCCUGUUGCCGUGACUUUGGCCAGCAGAGAUAGCAUCAUCGAUACGAAAUCGAUUAGGGCAUAUCUUGUAGGUUCAAAAGAUUGGGUGCAAAGCCCAAAUAAAGAGACAGGAGAGAUUUUAAGCGACGGUAAACUGGAUGUGAUCUGGUUUGAGGACUUGGACCAUGGUCAGGCCUUUGAUCACAAAACGACAAGGCUGCGUCUCGUUGAGACUGUUCGGGCAUUCUGCAAGGAGACUGCGAGUCCUGAAGUGGGGGAAAUGAAGAGGCGGAUGGUGUAUUAG